CUCAGUGUUAUUAUUUAAAGGUCAAUGUAAAAAUGGCAACUUUUAAGAACAGCGAUAGCACCGGGCUUUGGCUUCAUAACAAGCUAGGGGACGAAGACUUGUGGUCAGGUAUAAGUGGAAUUUGCUCUCAUUUAGGCAGUAAGGAGGUUAUUCAAAAUGUUCAGGCAUGUUUUAUGACAUUAACACCAACGGUUAAACUGAAGUUACUAAUGGCGUUUCUUCAUAUACCAAGAAGAGUUGUUCUGGAGCACAAGGAAGAUUUGGAAGAUAUUCUUCGACUGGCCUUACAUGAUACUGACCAAUGGGUGUGUAUGACUGCUGACCUUUUAAGAACCUUUCCUCAGAAUGGUCAAAUUAAUUUGAAUGUGGAAGAGAAUCAUCCUGCUUUGGCAGAGGCACUACAGGAACUACGAAUCAAAUUAUCUAUAACAGAUAGCAAUGCACUUUUGCCACUGGAGUGUUUGUAUCUGAAUCCCAAUGCUCUCAUACAACUGGUGGGAAUGCAGCGUCCUCUGGUGAAGCACUUUGCUUUAAAGCGGAAACCAAAAUCAGCAGCUUUGAGGGCCGAGCUUUUACUCAAAUCCUCUGAUGCUGCCAAGCAACAGAGUAAGUCGGGCGGAACAACUCCUUUUAAAGGUCGUGGUAUGACACGCAAAACAGAAGAUUUAACUCCAUUGAAAGGCAUCCCGAAGGCAACACCUGGAUUCCGACCGACGAAUGCAGCUAGAAGAAAUACUGUGCCACUGAAUCGAAAUAUAUCAAGAAUGUCCACUGGUGGCAAAGAAAGAGGGACCAAGCUCCUGGACAUUACAGAGCAACCGAUAGGAGGGGGCCCUGCUGCCAGGCGCAGGAAAAAGCAAGCAGAACAAGAGGCGCUUGAAAAAGCUAGGAAGGAAAAAGAGACGGCAGCAACCGCAACAGCGGCACAACCAACGCCGGAUUAUGCUGCAUCACUCUUACCACCUCCGGCCGGCCAAACACGACAGCCUGCAAUGGUCGAAUCCACAAUAGCGGAGGCAGCACAUACUGCGGCUGCUCCAUCUUACGUACCAAACCUCAACAUCAACGUAGCCAGACCACAAGGUGCAAGUGCUCCUCUAUUCUCGACAACACUUGGAACUGGUCCUUCACAGUCAUUUUCAUUGUCUGCCAGAGAAAACUUAUCUCAGCAAAUUCAACAACAGUUGCAGCAACAACAGCCACAGUAUAGUGCUCCGACAUACACACCUCAGCAGCAACCUCAUAUACCACAAGAAGAAGUAAAACAACCAGCCCAACCGGCCCACCCUCCUCCCUACCAUCAGGCUGGUGUACCUUCUGUACCUACUCCAACACCUCAAGCCAGUACCACUCCCGUUGCUCCACCAAGUGCUGCACCUAAGAAAGGACUCUCUCUAACGAGGGACCAAAUGUUAGCAGCUCAGGAGAUGUUUCGACAGUCAAAUAAGGUCACAAGACCUGAAAAAGCCCUCAUUCUGGGUUUCAUGGCAGGCUCAAGGGAGAAUCCGUGUCCUCAGCAGGGUGAUUCAAUGACAAUCAAACUGAGCGAAGAGACAGAAAUGGUUGCAAAAACAGACGGAUCUGGAGAGGAGCAGUUGAUGAUGGCAGACACGUUCUUCCAGAUGAAUUAUGCUUCAGGAGAGUGGCGUCGAUUCAAGCGUUACAAGCCUCUGCAGUAGACAAAAUUGAAAUGAACAUUUGGUCUACGAGCUACAGCCUCUGCAGUAGACAAAUAACAUUUUUAUGAAGAGCUUUGCAAUUUCGUAGUAAAAAAAAGUGGCAUGGUUGAAGGGUUACAAAAUCUCUGACCUAGACACUGUGGUACACUGCAAGCCUCAGUAAUAGGGAAAACAGCAUGAAUUUAGAUGCCACAACACUUUAUUAAAACAGAUUAAACAAUUCAAAGCUAAAUCAAAGGUCCUAGACCCUUAGUGGGUGCAGUGAGUUGGCCCUCUCUACCCAGUAGUAUAAAUGGGUUCCUGCAUAUAUGCUGGUAAGGUAAAGAGAUGCCCAGUCUUGCCCUACGACUGUAAUUACCUCUCCACUAUCAAUUACACGCUUGAAAAUAAAAUAAAGUAGACGUAAAAUAACAUACAUAAUAUCUGAUACUUAUUUAUUUGUUAUUUUGAUAUCAACAACGAUGAUAUGCAAUGCAUGUAAUCAAAGAUACUUUGGAUAUACUGUAGUUUGUUGCGUUGGCAGGCGUGUUGGCUAACCUGUACUUACUCAUACCCAAUUUGGCGUAAUAAUAAAAUAAAAUCUAAUAUUAAAUACUUAUUACAUAUUGUAUUACAAUUGUCUACCAAAAGGAAUUUUUUUUAAUAAUACUUUUAAAUUUUCACUGCACUAAACUUGAGUGCACAUCUAUGGCUCUGACUCACUACUACUGUAAUAGUGCCUUGAUGAUCAUGAAUUUAUAAAUUUCAUUUAUGCCCUAUCAAAAUCUUCUAAUUAGUAAGUCAUGUAGUUGUACCUUGAUUA